AUGGAGUUAUUGAAUUCCUUGGUAGUGCGAUACCAUAGAGCUUCAGGCCUGGAUCAAGUCAUCGCUAUUCUGGUCACUAUAGCCGUUCUUACUGCCACUUCAUAUGUGAUCGGAUGGGCCACCUGGGAUGGACCUGCACGACUCACAGACCCGAUACCAUUUAUUUCGAACACAUAUCAGUACAUGACUAACCAAAAAGAUUUCUUGGUUCGUGUAGCACAGGCGAUGAAGCAUAAUACUCUUGUUAAAUUCUAUCUGGGACCACGCCCAGUAUAUCUAGUGUCUGGUGCGCAGAAUAUGCAAACAAUUUUCGGAUCAAACCGAAAAAUAGGGAACGAGGAUUUGUUUCUACGGACGGUGAUGCCCAAGCUGUAUAGCAUGCCAAAACAUGAGCUGGACCGUUUUGCCGCAGACAAAACUGGCCGUGGCAAGAUUCCAGCGCCAGCCAAUGGGUAUGACGGCCCACGAUUAUGGUCCACCGAACACCAUAUCCACAACGAAUACAUGAGCCGGUCGAGAUUUCUCAACUGCCUGAGCCAGCAUUACUAUCGCGUGUUUGCCAAGACAUUAGAUGAAAAGUACGCCAUCGGAGCAUCGCACACCGUGAGCCUCACCGAGUUGUGCAGGAAUGAGAUGAUCGAGUGCGCCAUCAAGACUUUUGUCGGCGAUCGCAUCUUUGAGCUCAAUCCGACGUUCACGGAUAUGUAUUGGAAGUUUGACUCUAUUAUCUUUCCCCUCGUUCUCGGCUUGCCGGCGUGGAUGAAUCCAAGACCCACUAAUGUUAGAGACCAAUGGAACCAGAUGAUCAGAGUGUAUUUAGAUACGGGGCUCGAAAGGUUCGACUGGAAUGGGCAGGAUGCUGACGCCGACUGGGAGCCAGUUUUUGGUGCUCGCGUCUGUCGUGAACUUGUCAAAUGGCUCCGCGAGAGCGAUUUCUCUACGGAGACGGUAGCAGGGUUCCUGGGUACCUUCCUCUGGGCUCAAAACUCUAACUCAAUACCAGUUGCAAUAUGGGCUCUUAGUUACCUGGUACAAGACCCAGACCUGUUCCAGGAAGUACGGAAGGAAGUUCGGGAUGCUGAGACGACAGACCUUUCUACUGGCGAGCGAACCAUUGACGUGGGAAAGCUCAUAACGGCACCUUUACUCCAAGCCGUAUUUUCAGAAACACUCCGCCUGCACAUGUCGUUCAAUGUUUUGAGAGAGGUUAAGGACUCCGUGUCCAUGGAUGGACAUACGUUGCACAAGGGCGUAUUACUGCAGGCGCCAAUGCAAGUAGCCCACUAUGAUGACCUAUGGGCUGUAGAUGGUCAUCCUGCAAAUGAGUUUUGGCCAGGGAGGCACAUCAAGUACAAGGACGAAACUGACGAGACCGGAAGUAUCAGUCGUGUGAAGACUUUUUCUCUUGGUGGCCGGCCCAGCCACUAUUUCCCAUUUGGAGGUGGAAUUUCUAUUUGUCCGGGUCGUCAGUUCGCCAAGCACGAGAUGCUCGCAACCUUGGGUCUCAUUAUCAGCAAAUUCGAUCUUGAAUCUGCCGAGUGGACAAACUUGGACGACGGCUCAACCUCGGAUAGGCCGGGAGUGAAUGAUCAGAGGUUUGCAGGUGGUGGAGCUAUGCCCCCUGAUCGCGACAUGAAGGUUCGCUGGAAGCGCAUCUGGUAG